AUGGCGUCCGGCGGCCACAUGCAUAACUUUACCACCCUCAUCAAGCGCCUCGAGGCAGCGACCUCACGCUUGGAGGAUAUGGCCAUGUCGUAUGACGACCCCAGCGCAACAAAGUCCCUCGGGGGCGCUUCGUCCUCUGUGCCUGCUACCCCGGAGCGGGCUCAAGCUACCCCUCCUCCGCCCGCAGCCCCUGCCGCCGCCCCAGUUCCGCCUCAGAUUCAAGAUUUCGAUGCCCUGAUCAAGGGAGAUGUGCAGAACUUUGUCAACCUGGGAGAGAAAAUUGGUGGUCUCGUCGCUGAGCAGUCGAAAGCCGUCCUUCAAGCUUUCCAGGCCGAACGCACCUAUCUCUACGUCGUAACAAAGGCCAAGAAGCCUGAAACACAACCCCCGGAGCUGAUGACCGAUCUGCACAAAGCAUCUGAUAGUAUCAACAACAUUCGCGAAUCAAACCGAGCAUCCUCGUUAUUCAACCACCUCAGCGCUGUUGCAGAGGGUAUUGUCGCGCUUGCUUGGUUCUUUGAAAGCAAGCCCGCGGAAUUCGUCACGGAAAUGGUUGGUGGCAUUGAAUACUAUGGAAAUAAGGUUCUGAAGGAGUACAAGGACAAAGAUAAGGCGCAUGUGGACUAUAUCAAAGCCUACUACCAGAACUUCAAGGCUCUUGCCGAGUACCUGAAGAAGCACUUCCCCAAGGGUCUAACAUGGAACAACGAGUCUGGAAUCGACGCCCUGGAAGCUUUGAAGCAGGCCAAGGGUGGACCUACUCCCGCCCGCGGAGGCGCCCCUCCACCCCCUCCCCCUCCUCAUCCGGUCCCAUCUCUCAACGUCCCCGGUGGCGGUGCUCCUCCCCCACCUCCGCCUCCUGGAAUCCCGCCCGCCCCUGCUCCUUCAGCACCAGCAGCCGACAUGGGUGCUGUCUUCGAACAGCUCAACCAGGGCGAGGCUAUCACCUCUAGUCUGCGCAAGGUAGACAAAUCUCAGAUGACACACAAGAACCCCAGCCUGCGUGCCGGAUCCACUGUCUCUGAGGGCUCCAGCUCUGUACGCGGCAAGUCCCCAGCUCCUAGCAAGAAGCCCAAGCCCGAGAACAUGCGCGCGCGCAAGCCGCCUCGCAAGGAACUCGAGGGCAACAAGUGGCUCAUCGAGAACUUCGAGGGCCCCGGCGAUAUCAUUGAAAUCCCCGCGCAGCAGAACCAGUCUAUCAUGAUUACCCGCUGCAACAAGACCAUUAUCAAGGUCACCAACAAGGCCAACGCUAUUGCCAUCGACAACUGCACUGGUCUCUCCCUGAUCGUUGACUCUCUCGUCAGCAGUCUGGACGUCAUCAAGUGCCCCAAGUUUGCUGUGCAAAUUGAUGGCACUGUCCCUACUCUGCUGAUGGAUCAGGUCGAUGGUGCUGCUGUCUACCUUGGCCAGCAAAGUCUCAACACUGAAAUCUUCACUAGCAAGUCCUCCGCUAUUAACAUCAACCUUCCGCCGCCGGAGGGCACCGAUGGGGAUACCAAGGAGUGCCCUCUACCCGAGCAGUUCAAGAGUUACAUCAAGAAUGGUGUGGUUGUGAGCGAGAUCGUGGAGCACGCUGGUUAG